AGUUCUCUCCGAUCUGAGUGGAGGUGGUAACUUCGAUGUAUUCACUUUGUAUAUGUUCUUCGAUUUAUUCAAAUUCGGUUGUGAAUUGAUUAGAUCGUUUUGUUUUUUCGUCUCUCUUUUUGUUUCUAUGUAUGCAGACUGUUUAUAUUUUUGUGGAGGAUCAAGAGUUGAGAGAUCGAUGGAGUGGACGACGGUGCAGCACUUGGAUCUGCGGCAUGUUGGCCGCAGUUCGAAACCUUUCCAGCCUCACGCGGCUACAUUUCAUCCCAGUCAAGCCUUGGUUGCCGUCGCUGCUGGAAACUACGUCAUUGAAUUUGAUGCCUAUACUGGUAGCAAGAUAUCUUCGAUCAACAUUGGUGCUCCUGUGGUUCGAAUGUCCUAUAGUCCCACUAGUGGGCAUGCAGUCGUAGCUAUACUUGAGGAUUGUACAAUCCGAUCGUGUGAUUUUGAUACAGAGCAAACUUGGGUUUUGCAUUCGCCUGAAAAGAAGAUGGAACGUAUUUCAGUUGACACAGAAGUCCAUCUGGCUUUAACCCCUCUCCAACCAGUAGUUUUUUUUGGUUUCCAUCGCAGGAUGAGUGUAACAGUUGUUGGAACUGUUGAAGGGGGAAGAGCUCCAACGAAAAUAAAGACAGAUCUCAAGAAACCCAUUGUCAAUCUUGCUUGCCAUCCUCGCCUUGCUGUGUUGUAUGUUGGCUAUGCAGAUGGUCUGAUCCGAGCUUAUAACAUCCAUACAUAUGCUGUUCUCUACACUUUACAACUUGAUAACACCAUUAAGCUUAUCGGUGCUGGCGCAUUUGCUUUUCAUCCAACACUGGAAUGGAUUUUUGUUGGUGACCGACGUGGUACGCUUCUUGCUUGGGAUGUGUCAACUGAGAGACCUAUCAUGAUUGGCAUUACACAAGUGGGUUCUCAACCAAUUAUAUCGGUUGCCUGGCUCCCCAUACUGCGCAUACUUGUUACCUUGUCCAAGGAUGGAACUCUUCAAGUUUGGAAAACACGAGUUGUGCUGAAUUCUAAUAGGCCCCCGAAGCAAGCUAACUUUUUUGAGCCUGCAGCAAUUGAACAGAUUGAUAUCCCACGCAUUCUAUCCCAGCAAGGUGGUGAAACUGUUUAUCCCCUACCAAGAAUUAGAAGUCUAGAAGUCCACCCAAAAUUAAAUUUAGCAGCCUUGAUGUUUGCACAGAAUAUGACGGGUGGGGACAAUGCAAAAAAUAAAGCUGCCUACACAAGGGAAGGAAGGAAGCAACUAUUUGCAGUUCUGCAAAGUGCAAGGGGAUCUUCAGCAUCUGCAUUGAAGGAGAAACUUUCAGCCCUUGGGUCAUCAGGAGUUUUAGCAGACCAUCAACUUCAAGCCCAGUUGCAAGAGCAUCAUAUGAAAGGGCCCAGUCAGCUUACAAUCUCGGACGUAGCACGCAAGGCUUUUCUUUUCAGUCACUUCAUGGAAGGACAUGCAAAAAGUGCCCCAAUAUCGCGCCUGCCUCUCAUCACCAUCUUAGAUACUAAAAAUUAUCUGAAAGACAUUCCAGUUUGCCAGCCAAUUCAUUUGGAGCUAAACUUUUUCAGUAAAGAGAAUCGGGUUCUUCAUUAUCCUACUAGGGCUUUCUAUAUAGAAGGUGUAAACCUGAUGGCAUACAACCUGUCUUCUGGAGCUGAAACUGUCUACAAGAAGCUUUUUGCAUCGAUGCCUGGACAUGUUGAGUUCCAUGGGAAAUACUUGCUCCACAGUAGAAAGCAACACAUGUUUCUUGUAGUUUACGAGUUUAAUGGUGCUGCUAGUGAAGUGGUCCUUUAUUGGGAAAAUACUAACUCUCAGUCAUCAAACAGUAAAGCCAAUACAAUCAAAGGUCGAGAUGUUGCAUUCAUUGGCCUAAAUGAUGGCCAAUUUGCCAUUCUUGAUGAGGAUAGGAUUGAACUUUCUGUAUAUACUUUGCCUGGAGGUUCUUCAAAACCAGCUGCUGAAAAGAAUAUGAUAGAUGAUGAAAAUCAAUAUGAAAAUCUUGACGUUUCCUCUAUCAAGGGUCCACAGCAGUUUACCUUUGAAAGUGAAGUUGAUCGCAUUUUUUCUACUCCAGUAGAAUCAACUUUGAUGUUUGCUUCUUUUGGGGACAAAAUUGGCAUGGCAAAGCUUGUUCAUGGGUACAGCAUUUCUACUACAGAUGGUCCUAAUAUGUCAACAAAAGGUGAAGGGAAAAAGUCAAUCAAAUUGAAAGCAAAUGAGAUUGUUUUGCAGGUUCACUGGCAAGAAACUCUUAGGGGAUGUGUUGCUGGAAUAUUAACUACACAUAGAGUACUUAUUGUCUCUGCCGAUCUAGAUAUUCUCGCAAGCAGUUCCACGAAAUUCGAUAAAGGGCUUCCUUCAUUUAGAUCUCUUCUUUGGGUUGGGCCAGCCCUUCUGUUUUCCACAACCACUGCCAUCAGCGUGCUUGGCUGGGAUGGGAAAGUAAGGACCAUUCUUUCAACUAGCAUGCCAAAUGCAGUGCUGGUUGGGGCUUUAAAUGAUCGAUUGUUGCUUGCGAACCCGACGGAAAUAAAUCCAAGACAAAAGAAGGGUAUGGAGAUAAAGCACUGCCUAGUAGGGCUUCUUGAACCUCUUCUUAUUGGAUUUGGCACCAUGCAACAAAAUUUUGAACAGAAGCUUGACCUGUCAGAGAUAUUAUACCAAAUAACAUCAAGGUUUGACAGCUUACGAAUUACUCCAAGAUCUCUUGAUAUCCUUGCCACAGGUGCUCCAGUGUGUGGUGAUCUUGCUGUAUCGUUAUCCCAAUCUGGGCCUCAGUUUACUCAGGUACUGCGGGGAGUCUAUGCUAUAAAAGCUCGUCGCUUUUCAACGGCUUUGUCUGUUCUAAAGGAUGAGUUUCUGCGGUCUAGAGAUUAUCCACAGUGCCCUCCAACUUCGCACUUAUUCCACCGAUUUCGACAAUUGGGUUACGCCUGUAUCAAGUAUGGUCAGUUUGACAGUGCAAAAGAGACUUUUGAAGUUAUAUCCGACUACGAAAGCAUGCUUGACCUAUUUAUCUGCCACCUUAACCCUAGUGCAAUGCGGCGCCUUGCCCAAAGAUUGGAAGAAGAGAAUGUCGAUUCAGAGUUGAGGCGAUAUUGUGAAAGGAUACUAAGAGUUCGUUCCACAGGGUGGACACAAGGCAUUUUUGCCAACUUUGCUGCUGAAAGUAUGGUUCCAAAAGGACCCGAAUGGGGUGGCGGAAAUUGGGAAAUCAAAACACCCUCUAGCACAAAGAGUAUGCCUCAAUGGGAGCUGGCAGCUGAGGUGAUGCCAUAUAUGAGAACUAAUGAUGGGAGCAUCCCGUCAUUAUCUACCGAUCACAUUGGUGUUUACCUCGGUUUAAUUAAAGGAAGGGGUAACAUUGUCGAGGUUAGUGAGGGUAGUUUGAUAAAAACGUUCAAAUCUGAAGCAACCAACGUUAAGUCCGAUGGUCUCCCGACAUCUCUUACUGCUUCCACAAACAAGGCAUCCAUGGAUGCUGCUUCAAGGGGUGAUUCCUUGAUGAAUCUUGACUCUCUUACGAAGACCUCUGCAGAUUCCAGUGCAGCAGAUGAACAGGCGAAGGCUGAGGAAGAAUUUAAGAAAUCAUUAUACGGUACUGCUGGAGAUGGCAGCAGCAGUGAUGAGGAGGGCAUUUCUAAAGCUAAAAAGUUGCGUAUAAGGAUAAAACCUGCAGCUUCUACUACCGUUGAUGUAGAUAAGAUUAAGGAAGCCACAAAGCAGUUUAAACUUGGUGAACCGUUGGGUGCACCAAUCAGUAGGACUAAAUCAUUAACCAGCCAGUUCCAAGACCUUGGCUUGAAUCCUCCUCAACCUGCCCUUCCUAGCGGUGGGACUGCAAAUACUCUUCCAGUUUCUGCCCCAGUUGAUCCUUUUGCAACCAGCUCCUUCACACAAACACCGCCUGUAUUUCCGGCAGGUCCUUCAGCUACGGGAGCUGCAGUUGGGCCCCGUCCCAUCCCGGAGGACUUCUUUCAGAAUACUAUACCCUCUCUCCAGGUUGCUGCAGCAUUGCCACCUCCUGGUACUUACCUGUCCAGAUAUGAUCAAAAUCCUCAAGGGGUUGAAAGCAGUCAGGGGUUACCAAGUCAAGUGAAUCCAUCUGUGCCUAAUGCCGGUGUAGCCGCUAGUGUGAUUCCUCAAGUAUCCAUGCAUCCUGUUUCUACCGAGUCAUUCGGACUUCCUGAUGGUGGAGUUCCACCCCAAUCCAUGAGUCAACCUGUGGUUAUGCAACAGCCUCAUGGCCAGGCAGCCAAUGUUCCUGUCUCCACCCAGCCCCUUGACUUGAGCUCUCUUGAAGGUCCAGGUUCUGCAAAUGCAGCAAAAGCUUCUGAGCCACCCCCUCCAACAUCUGUGCGUCCAGGACAGGUUCCUCGUGGAGCAGCUGCUUCAGUUUGUUUCAAGACUGGACUUGUCCAUCUUGAGCAGAAUCAAUUACCAGAUGCAUUGUCUUGUUUUGAUGAAGCUUUCCUGGCAUUAGCAAAGGACAAUUCCCGUGGAGCAGACAUAAAGGCACAGGCCACUAUUUGCGCUCAAUACAAAAUUGCAGUCACUCUUCUUCAGGAAAUCGGUCGACUGCAAAGGGUGCAAGGUCCAAGUGCCAUCAGUGCAAAGGACGAGAUGGCAAGAUUAUCCCGUCAUCUGGGUUCACUCCCUCUACAAGCAAAACACAGAAUAAAUUGCAUUCGAACGGCCAUAAAAAGAAAUAUGGAUGUGCAAAAUUACGGGUACGCCAAACAAAUGCUCGAGCUGCUUUUAUCAAAAGCACCUCCAGGGAAGCAAGAGGAGUUAAGAAGCCUGAUUGAUAUAUGCCUUCAAAGAGGUUUAACCAACAAAUCCAUCGAUCCAUUAGAAGACCCUUCACAAUUCUGUGCCGCCACUCUUAGCCGUUUGUCGACCAUCGGGUAUGAUGUUUGUGAUCUUUGUGGGGCCAAAUUCUCGGCUCUCGCUUCACCCGGCUGCAUUAUUUGUGGUAUGGGAAGUAUUAAGAGGUCGGAUGCACUUGUGGGACCGGCUCCUGUUCCCUCACCUUUUGGCUGACCGAUAUUUUUGCAUAACUAAUUCUCGUAUAUUGUUGUAAUGUCGGUUUUCUUUUUUGCGCGUGUGCUAGGGUAAGGCGAGAAUUGAUAGAAACUCGAUCGUGCUCUCUUUGUUUGUGUAGGAUGGAUGUAUGUGUUUAGGUGUUAUUUGUGGGUGUAAAAAGCUCAAAUGGACCACACUUUUCUUUUAUCUGUAUACAAACUCAAAUAUUGGUUGGUUCCACACGAGGUUUUUUGUUGUAUCCGAGCUAGGUCUGUUUGGGUUGGUUUA